UUGGCUCCCGGGAAAGGGUCCAUUCCUCGGGGAGAGAGGGCUGAGUUUUGUGCGCCUCCGUCCGCUGCGCGCGCCGCUCCAGGCCCCGCCGCGCCCCGCCUGCGCCCGGGACUGCGCCGCGGCACUCACUGCCCCGUUUAUUUGUCUUUGGAGCAGGCGGGCCGCGCCAGAAGCGGGCGAUCCCGCAGUGUCCUGCAGCCGCGGACGCCGCCUGGCUAGGAUGACACCACGUUGAGCGCGCCUGCAAACAACAACAAAAACCGCCGCCGCCGCGGCCACCGCGUCCUGCUCCGCCGAAGCGCCGCCGGUGUAGCCGCCUCCGCGCCCCCAGCCGUCCGGAGCGCCCGGCCGCCGGUGUAUGUCGCGCCUGCCCGGGACGGGCUGAAGCCGGCGGCGGGCCGGACCGCAGGCGCCGAGCAGGGCCAGCGCGGCCAGGGCAGCCGCCUGCCGCCGAGCCCCGAGCGCCGCUGCUCGCGGAAGCGCUUUCGGCCGGGAGCUGCGGCCGCCGCCACCAGUUUUCAUGUUUGGGAUUCAGGAGAAUAUUCCGCGCGGGGGGACGACCAUGAAGGAGGAGCCGCUGGGCAGCGGCAUGAACCCGGUGCGCUCGUGGAUGCACACGGCGGGGGUGGUGGACGCCAACACGGCCGCCCAGAGCGGCGUGGGGCUGGCGCGGGCGCACUUCGAGAAGCAGCCGCCUUCCAACCUCCGGAAAUCCAAUUUCUUCCACUUCGUGCUGGCGCUCUACGACAGGCAGGGGCAGCCGGUGGAGAUUGAAAGGACCGCUUUUGUGGACUUUGUGGAGAAAGAGAAAGAGCCCAACAACGAGAAAACCAACAACGGCAUCCACUAUAAACUCCAGUUGCUGUACAGCAACGGAGUCAGAACGGAGCAGGAUCUGUAUGUUCGCCUCAUAGAUUCAAUGACCAAACAGGCCAUCGUCUACGAGGGCCAGGACAAGAACCCGGAGAUGUGCCGCGUGCUGCUGACCCACGAGAUCAUGUGCAGCCGGUGCUGUGACAAGAAAAGCUGUGGCAAUAGAAACGAAACACCCUCAGACCCUGUGAUCAUUGACAGAUUCUUUCUAAAGUUUUUCCUCAAGUGCAAUCAGAACUGUUUGAAGAAUGCAGGCAACCCUCGGGACAUGCGAAGAUUCCAGGUUGUCGUGUCGACCACGGUCAACGUGGACGGCCACGUGCUGGCCGUGUCUGACAACAUGUUUGUGCACAACAACUCCAAACACGGGCGGCGGGCCCGCCGCCUGGACCCGUCAGAAGGUACGGCCCCUUCUUAUCUGGAAAAUGCCACUCCGUGCAUCAAGGCCAUCAGUCCCAGUGAAGGCUGGACCACGGGGGGAGCGACCGUGAUCAUCAUCGGAGACAACUUCUUCGACGGGCUCCAAGUCGUCUUCGGGACGAUGUUGGUCUGGAGCGAGCUGAUCACUCCCCACGCCAUCCGAGUCCAGACCCCACCGAGGCACAUUCCUGGAGUCGUCGAAGUCACCCUGUCCUACAAAUCCAAGCAGUUCUGUAAAGGUGCUCCUGGGCGGUUUGUCUACACCGCCCUUAAUGAACCAACCAUAGAUUACGGCUUUCAGAGAUUGCAGAAAGUGAUCCCAAGACAUCCGGGUGAUCCCGAACGGUUACCCAAGGAAGUGUUACUUAAGAGGGCGGCCGACCUCGUGGAAGCCUUAUACGGGAUGCCCCAUAACAACCAGGAGAUCAUCCUGAAGCGAGCGGCUGACAUCGCCGAGGCGUUGUACAGCGUCCCUCGCAAUCACAACCAGAUCCCCACCCUGGGCAACACCCCUGCGCACACGGGCAUGAUGGGUGUGAACUCCUUCAGCAGCCAGCUAGCCGUCAACGUGUCGGAGACGUCACAAGCCAACGACCAAGUCGGCUACAGUCGCAAUACAAGCAGCGUGUCCCCGCGAGGAUACGUCCCCAGCAGUACUCCCCAGCAGUCCAAUUACAACACAGUCAGCACUAGCAUGAAUGGAUAUGGAAGUGGCGCCAUGGCCAAUCUAGGGGUCCCGGGCUCGCCUGGAUUUCUUAAUGGCUCCUCCGCUAACUCUCCCUACGGCAUAGUGCCGUCCAGCCCUACCAUGGCAGCCUCUUCGGUCACCCUCCCUUCAAACUGUAGCAGUACACACGGCAUUUUCUCAUUCUCACCUGCCAAUGUCAUCUCUGCAGUGAAACAAAAGAGCGCCUUCGCGCCCGUGGUCCGGCCCCAAGCUUCCCCUCCUCCUUCCUGCACCAGCGCCAACGGGAACGGACUGCAAGGCUCUCUGCUGGGUGCUGAGGACGCUACCGUGGAGAAGACAAACUGGCCCUUUUGUGAAGUCGGUGGCAUAUUUCACUUUGAUGAACUAAUGCUCAAAAAAGGAACUGGAAAGCUAUGUCUGGGCUGGUAGUGCCGCCAAUGUGAGGGGUGCUUGUUACCUCCUGCCGCGCCCAGCAUCCAAGGACGGACUUCAGGGGACACGUUAGUACAUAAGAGGUGCUGAUGGAGACCGUGUCUUCAGUACAUCAGCAGCGGUUGAGAUGCUACAAAAGACUUUGUUUAAAGAUUUUAUUUAAACUUAAGAAUCGACACACAAACGACCUACUUCUUCAUGAACAAUUCCAUUUUAUUGACUGAACUUUUCUCAUAUUUUCACAUUUCUCAGUCCUGAAGAAUAAGGAGAACAAAGCGAUGCCUAUUUUGUAUAAAGUUUCUGACUCCGUCUUGGCUAUGUCUAGUACUUGCUAUGUGUUGGGAGAAACUUUGUGAAUGCACCAUUUUGAUGAUCAUGAAACACUGAUGAAAAACGCCUCCAAACAUUUUUCUGUACUCAUACUUAGAUUCACAAUGGUUGUGUAUCUCUAUAAUGUGAAAUAUUUUUUUGUGGUGACAAAAGGGGGCCAAGGAGGUCUGAGCCAUCAAACUGGAAGAAAGGAAGAGACGAUGUGAUCAG